AUGUUCCCUCCAGACGUGUGGAAUUCUACAGUCCUGAUGUGGUUCAAUGCGUCUGAGCUGAAUGCUUCUCUGGAGAAUCCGGAGGAGGGGGAGCACCCAUUCCUGACGGACGCCUGGCUGGUGCCUCUCUUCUUCGCUCUCAUCAUGCUGGUGGGGCUCAUCGGGAACUCUCUGGUAAUCUAUGUAAUCUCCAAACACAGGCAGAUGAGGACUGCCACCAACUUCUACAUAGCUAACUUGGCUGCCACAGACAUCAUCUUCCUGGUGUGUUGUGUCCCGUUCACAGCCACUCUCUACCCACUUCCUGGGUGGGUAUUUGGGGACUUCAUGUGCAAAUUUGUUGCCUUUCUACAACAGGUGACUGUUCAAGCCACCUGCAUUACACUCACUGCUAUGAGUGGGGACCGCUGCUAUGUCACAGUCUACCCCCUGAAGUCCUUACGCCAUCGCACUACACGAGUCGCCAUGAUAGUUAGCAUCUGCAUAUGGAUCGGUUCCUUCAUUCUAUCCACCCCGAUUUUCAUGUACCAGAGAAUUGAGGAGGGCUACUGGUAUGGACCAAGACACUACUGCAUGGAGAGGUUUCCCUCAAAGACCCAGGAGAGGGCAUUCAUCCUGUACCAGUUCAUAGCUGCCUACCUACUACCUGUCAUCACCAUCUCCUUCUGCUACACACUCAUGCUGAAGAGGGUGGGCCAGCCGUCAGUGGAACCAGUAGACAAUAAUUACCAGGUCCACCUGUUGUCUGAGAGGACUGUCACUCUGAGGAGUAAGAUCUCCAAGAUGGUGGUGGUGAUUGUCCUGCUAUUCACCAUCUGCUGGGGGCCUAUACAGCUCUUCGCCCUGUUCCAGUCCUUCUACCCCAACUACAGGGUCAACUACGCCACCUAUAAGAUCAAGACCUGGGCUAACUGCAUGUCCUACGCUAACUCCUCCAUCAACCCAAUCGUUUACGGCUUCAUGGGAGCCAGUUUCCGCAAGUCUUUCAAGAAGACUUUCCCCUUCCUGUUCAAACACAAAGUGAGAGACAGCAGUGUCAUGUCGCGCGUGGCUAAUGCAGAAAUCAAGUUAGUUGCUGCAGAGGAAGGCAACAACGAUGGGAAAUGAAAUGAGCCAUGGUCAGAGUGAGCUUCCGGGGGACAGAACUGCUGGAGAUUCAGUUCACUGUGCACACAAACAAACAUACACAUGACAGACUGCUGUGAAUGCACACUGCUCAACAUAGCCUGCUGUGAAAUCACACUGUUCUGAAGGCAAACACCUGGUGGAACCAGCAUUUUAAAAUGGCACUCGAUGUGUUUGUUUGCAAUUCAACAAAAUCUGACUGAUCCUGCUCUGUUCUGAUAUUACAGACUUGAAAGGACAUUAAAGGGCCCGAACAGUCAUUCUGGUUCCCAUAUAAAAUAACAACACCCAUAAUAUUUUUUCCUGAUAAAAAUGCUCAAAUUUCUCUCGUCAAACCAGGAAGUCUGAAAAGACAUACUGAAUGGAGCUAGUAGGCUGAG